AUAAGCCCCGCCCCUCCCCCUCCUCAGUAAAACCAAUCCUGUGUGUGUGUGUGUGUAUGUGUGUGUGUGCUGUCUCAGUCCCUGUGUGUCUCUCAGCCUGUCUGAUUUCCCUCUGAGCCGCGGGGAUCGAACCAGCUGCAGACUCCGGUCCUCUGUCGAGCGCUGUGACCAUCCUUACACAACGUGUGCUCGUUUCAUCUUUAUCCAUCUUUUAAUUAAACUUGUGACAUCAUACAGGUGAGACCCUGAGGGCAGCUGCUCUCUCUCUCUCUCUCUCUCUCUGACUCUGCAUCAUGGCGUCCGGUCUGAUCCGCCGUCACUUGGCUCUCUCUCUGCACAGGAACGUGAGGCUCAGCGCUCCAGCCUGCAGGUAUGUCAGUAAAGCAGCUCCAAAGACUGAGCAGGACUACGACUACAGUGGACCCUCCAUGAAAACCACCGUACCUGGACCCAGAACACAGGAGCUGACCAAACAGCUGGGAGAAAUUCAGAACGUGGGGGCCAUAAACUUCUUCUGUAACUAUGAGGAAAGUCGGGGGAACUACCUGGUGGACGUGGACGGAAACCGCAUGCUGGACCUUUACACACAGAUCUCCUCCAUCCCCAUUGGUUAUAAUCACCCUGAUCUGCUCAAACUGAUGUCCAACCCCAACAACCUGAGCGCGCUGGUGAACCGUCCCGCUCUUGGGAUCCUGCCACCGGAGAACUUUGCAGAUAAAAUCACAGAGACUCUGCUCUCAGUGGCGCCCAGUGGGAUAACCCGUGUUCAGACGAUGGCGUGCGGCUCGUGCGCCAAUGAGAACGCCUACAAAGCCAUGUUCAUCUGGUACAGGAAUAAAGAGCGAGGACACAACGCGCCGUCUGAAGAAGACCUCAGCAGCUGUAUGAUAAACCAGUCUCCAGGAUGUCCUGAACUCAGUAUUUUAUCCUUCAUGGGCGGAUUCCACGGCCGGACGUUGGGUUGCCUAUCAACAACACACUCUAAACCCAUCCACAAACUGGACUUGCCGUCGUUUGAUUGGCCGAUUGCUACGUUCCCGCACCUUCAGUAUCCUCUGGAGGAGUUCACCCGCGAGAACGCUCAGGAGGAGGCGCGCUGCCUGGAGGAGGUGGAGGAUCUGAUCGUCAGGUGGAGGCAGAAGGGGAAGCCGGUGGCGGGGAUCGUAAUUGAGCCGAUCCAGGCUGAAGGGGGAGAUAACCACGCCUCCCCCGACUUCUUCAGGAACCUCCGCAACAUUGCACGCAAGCACGGCUGUGCGUUCCACGUGGAUGAGGUUCAGACAGGGGGCGGGGCCACGGGAAAGUUCUGGGCUCACGAGCACUGGGGAUUGGAAGACCCGGCAGACAUCGUGGCCUUCAGUAAGAAAAUGCUGACCGGAGGAUACUUCCACAAGGACGAACUGCAGGCUGACAAGCCGUACCGUAUCUUUAACACCUGGAUGGGGGAUCCUUCAAAGAACCUGAUGCUGGCUGAAGUCCUGAACGUGAUGCGCAGAGAGAACCUUCUGGAGGAGGUGUGCCGCUCAGGGAAAGCUCUGCUGAACGGCCUGUAUGAGCUGCAGGCUCAGUACCCCGGCCUGCUGAGCCGAGCUCGAGGACAGGGGACUUUCUGUGCCAUCGAUAUCUGUGACGACGCCACACGCACGAGCCUGCUCAACAAGGCCAGAGACAAAGGUGUCCUCCUGGGUGGCUGUGGAUCUCAUUCAAUCCGUUUCCGUCCUGCGUUGGUCUUCAAAGAGUACCACGUCCACAUGUUCCUCAACAUCUUUAACGACGUGUUGGCUCAGCACAAAUAAACCCAACUUGAAGACCUGAUGGACCUGAAGAACCUGAGGGACCUGAAGGACUCGGACUUACCCUACCUGCUACUGAUUGAAUCCUGUCAUGAUGAACACAAUCCUUACAUUAAUUUACACACCUGUCAGCUCUGUUUACAGGUCAACGACCAAUUCAUCUUCAAAACUGACCAAUCAUCAUCAUCCUCUCAUUAGCUCCAUAAGAUCAUCCUGUACCCACAGAACCAAUCAGAGAACAGAUUAUUCUGGGUCCUGUGCUAGAUGAAAAGAAUCAAUGUAUUGAUGGAAGCAGCCGUUUGAUACAGGUGAGUCUGUUUGUCUGACAGGUAGCAUUAACAUUAUAUUAAUGUAAAUAAGGUGUUCUCAUUAACCUCUCACACACACACACACACACUCUGUCAGGGCGCAUCAGGGCUGUCACCACAAUAUUCAACUUUGAUUUGAUACCUGUGGCAAUAAAGGACAUCGCUACCAAGGCGACAACAAUUAGAGUCCCAGACACACGUAUUGGUUUAUUAAUUCUUUUGAAUUAUUAAAAAUUGCUCGCUGUCUAAAUUGUACAAAGAUGUAACCAACAGUUCAGACAGUGAGCAGGAGGAAUCAGCAACAUGACCCUCAGACACGCUGAACCGUGACAGACUGUGGCGCCCUCUGGUGGUCGUAUUGAAGAAACCAGCCUGCAUGUCAUUAAAGCUCCUCGCUCUGCUUCUGACUGUUCUGUUGCUCUUCAUAGGAAUGACUUCUUCAGCUUGAAAUGUUUUAGCCCAGAAAUGUGAAACUUUGAUGGACCAUAAACAGUCUUAGAUGAUGUAGUGCCUGCAUGACUUUUUAUACGGCCUCCAUCACACGUUGAAAACAGGCUGAACAGAGAGCUUCAUAUCAGCUGGUUCAAUAAUGUCCAUAUUCACCCUUCAGCUACGAAGGCCCCAAAGGACAAAAGACAAAAAGCACAAACAUAAAGAAAUGCACUUCAUAUCUCACACACACACACACACACACACACACAAUGAACCUGUGCUUAGAGCUGCUAACUCUCUAUAGAUCCACUUUCUGUGAUUAUUGAUCCGUCAGUUCGUUGACAUCAGAUUAUCGUUUCUUUUUAUUUAUGAGCUGCCAAACGGAGACCUCGUGUUAUGUGAUGAUAAACAACAACAACAACAGCUCAGCGUUUAUAUGAGGCUUCGUUAACGCUGUCUCACCUUUACUGUUGUACGUCAGCGCCCCCUGGUGGUGACUGUGUGAUAACAGCGUUAUACUCAGGCUCUGAAACACGUUCAUGUUGAACAUCCUCGUUUCUCUGAAACUCAGGAAGACAUCGGGAGAGGCUGUGAGCCGAGCUGCUGCUAACGUUAGCUUAGCUUGUUUAUGGGCACCAUGUCAGACUUAACAUCAUAUCAGAUAUAUAAGAUAAUAUUUAUAUUUUAUUAACAGACUUUUGUUCUUUAUUUAAACAAAAGGAGACAAACUGAGCGCUGUUUCCCAUGCUAGCAUGUUAGCUAACUGUAGCUAAUUAGCUUAGCUUUAAGCACAGGUCCAUCAAACACUUCACACCGAGUCUCAUCAGCACAUGUAGUAAACAUGUUUAUGGCUCUGACUCUGGCGCUCUGUGAUUGGUUGAAUGUUCCUGGCGCCUUUAGACGAGUGUAGCAGCUCAUGAACAUGAAUCUGUUGUAAAUAUGAAAACAUGUGUCGGGGUCUCUCUCUUAACCACUCUGAUAUUUACGCUUUGUUUGGUAGCAGUUCAUGAAGGAUGAGGACAACGGCGCCCGUUUGUCUGUUUCUCGUCACUCAGUAUUACCUGAUGUAGAGUUCCCAUGAUCCUCUCUGUUAACUACAGUAAUUAUUGCACUUGUGACAUAUAGAUGAUUAUUGAUGUAAUUAUUUUAAUGGCUCUAACUGUUGUACUGUGAUCAAUAAAUUAAUCCAGUUUGACUAA